GUGGAUCUCCUUCUCCAACACCCCGACAUUCGCAUCGGCAAUGCUCUUCUUUGCGCCAUCCGUGAAGGUGUGUACCGGCUUGUGGAAAUGCAAGUGAAUCAUCCAUCGAUUACUCGAGAAAUGCUCGGCGAUGGAUGGGCUGAGCAUCUUGAUCCAGCCGAAGCGGCUUCAGCUGAAUAUUCAAGGGUUUGA